AUGAGGCGCAUACUAUUUCAGGAAGAGGUCUUUGGUGAUGUCGGUGCGUAUACUCAGCGAGAGGCUUCCGUCGGCAGCGAAGGUGAAGGGCUGUUGUCUGGGGAAGCUGGUGAAUCCCCGCAGCGACAGGCGGUGCCCGUCGAGCGUGAAAAGGAGUUAGGUACGCGCAUGAGCAAACUAGGGGGACGGAAGCUGCUGCGGAGGCUGCUGCGAAAGGGAACGCUGGUGCAGCAGCUGAUGUUGCUGUGGAAAAAUCGCUGGUGCAGCAGUUGA